UAAGUACCGUUGUACUCCCGGAACAAGUGCGUCUUGUUCCUUGUUCCAACACUAUCUGACUAGUUGUUUCAUUUUGCAGUUUGCACAACAAGGUCAACAUUUCCUUGUUGAGCCACAGAAGCUACAGCUCCCCCUUUGUUCCUGGGUACGAUGGGGAACCCUGCUGAGCAGAAGAGGGUGGAGCGGGACUUCUACGAGGGCCCGCGCCACGCAGAACACAUCCUGCAGGUGCUCAACUCCUACCGCAAGAGUGGCACCUUCACGGACGUGGUCCUGCAGGUGGAGGGAGGGGAGUUCCCCUGCCACCGUGCCACCCUCAGCGCCUCCAGCCUCUACUUCCGCUCCAUGUUCCAGGGGCCGUUUCUUGAGAGUAGCCAGGCGGUCGUACACAUGCAGGGCAUCACUGCUGUCACCAUGGAGACCCUCCUCAACUUCAUGUACGAGGGGAAGGCGGCGCUGUGCGAGGAGAACGUCACGACCGUCUACCAAGCUGCAGACCUCCUGAAUGUGGAUGUGCUGAGGAGGGCUUGCGUUGUCUUCCUGGAGGAGCUGCUUGACUGUUCCAACUGUCUGGGCAUCCUGGACUUUGCCAGGUGCUUCUCCCUGACCCAGCUGGCCGGCCAGUGCCAGACUCUGCUGUUCAGAAGCUUCGCUGAGGUGUGCAAGCACGAGGAGUUCCUGAUUCUCGCCAAAGACCGCGUGGUGGAGCUUGUUGAGCUGCCUGUGUGCCGGGAGGAGGUUGUGCUGGAGGCUGUGCUGAGGUGGGUCCAGCAUGACCCCAGAGAGAGGAAGGGAGCCCUGAGAGAGCUGCUGGAGCUGGUGCAUCUGCCCCUGGUGGACCCAGUCUUCCUCCUCAACACCGUGGAGGACAACGAGCUGGUGAUGGACUGCCGGGAGUGCCGACGGCUGGUGCUGCAGGCUAGAAGGUUCCAGGUUCUGGGGAAGGAAGGAGACUCAGCCAGGCCCAGGCCCAGAAGGGUGCUGGGCGUAGCAGAAAUGAUUGUGCUGAUCGGGGGCACCAACAAGAACGGUUUCCAGAGGCUGUCGUUUACAGAGAAACACAACCCCCACACCAAGCAGUGGACGCCAGGUGCCUCCAUGCCUGGUUACGCAAAGACAGAGUUUGCCACCUGUGAGCUACAGAAUGACAUUUAUAUAUCAGGCGGGCAGCUGAACAGCUCAGACGUUUGGCGUUACAUGUCCCAGCUGGACCACUGGCUCCGGGUCGCCCCCCUGGCCCAGGGCAGGCGGCUCCACGCCAUGGCCUCCCUGCUAGGGAAGCUGUAUGUGGUUGGAGGCAUCAGUGGAAUGGGGCUGUUGUCAGGUGUGGAGGUCUACAGCAGCUAUGACAACCAGUGGAAGGAAGUGGCUCCGCUGCCUCUUCCUGUGAGCGGUGCGGCGGCGGCGGGCUGCGGCGGGAAGGUCUACGUCAUCGGGGGCGCCGUUAGCAACGGCUGCAACACCAGCGAGGUGCAGUGCUACGACCCUGAGGAGGACAGCUGGGUGUUUGUUGCUUGCUGCCCGUUCUCUCAGACAGGUCUGAGUGCAGCCGUGCUCGACAGCACCAUCUAUGUAGCAGGAGGACAGAUGGACAAAAUAUACAGCUACACCCCAAAGACCAACACUUGGAGAGCAGUAUCUGAUGUUUCAAUGAAACUGGAGGGCUGUGGCCUGACAGUGUGUGAGGGGAAGGUGUAUAUCCUCGGAGGGAGGGGGGAGCGGGCCGCUGCCUCUCACAGCAUCUGGUCUUUCUGCCCCGCGAGCGGAGAGCUGACGGAGGAUCUGGCCAUGCCGCGCAGCACCAGCUACCUCGGCUGUGCCACCGUCACCCAGCGGCUGCCCCAGAGCGGCCUCUGCUAGCCUGACCAGUCAGUCAGCCUGUUGCCAUGGAAUACUGUGAACAUGAUUAAAAAAGUAUUUAUGUGAUUAUACUAUAGCUCAGCACAAACAUACUGUUUCACUUUGUGUCUGUGUAGGUUGUAAUUAAUGGUGAUAUUUAAGUAAGCAGGUAUACAGUGGUUAAACGUUCCUGUCAGUCAGACUAGGGAAUGAAGAGGAUGUGAAGCUCUUCAGGCAUGAGCUGAUGCACACACAGGUGAUACUAUGAAAGCAAAUGUAUUCCUGUAAAUCUUGCUUUUACCGUCCCAAUCUAACCAGUUUUGAUGGGGUGCUGAGACAAGGAAACAAAAGCACUUCCAGUGAAGUACGCGUGUGGGUGCAGAAGCAUGACCUCAUCAUUCACCUCAACAGAGAUACACAGAAGUGCAGUAUACCGAUCAUUUAAUGUAGCAUUAGUCAGUAUAAUAUUACAUGAGUUGUUUCAUUUGUUAUUUACUGAACCAUAAACUGAAAAGAAAAAAUGUAAACCAGAACAAUUAUUUGUGUAUUAGGGUGUAUACAUUGUUGGACUGUUUUCAUAGUGAAUAGUUUUCAUAGUUUGAAAUAUUGUUCUGCAAAAAACACUGGAAUCAUAUUUUCAGGUGAAAUCCUAUUAUCUGAACUGUAUAAAGCAACACUGUGAAAUAACUGAACUAUUCUGUUCCUCAAACAAUGAUUUAGACGUAGAUGUUCUAAGAGUAGCAAGGGAGAAUGGUGGUUUUGUAAUUUUAUUAUUGUCUUUAAUUAAUAAAGCUGUUUGUGCAACUUUGAACAUAAUAAAUAACUUACAUUGCCUCUA